GAUUGAAAAUAACCUUCUCUCCAAAUUGGUCAAGUUAUUUCUGCAAAAAACCUUCAAAAUUCUCUAUUAAUCUACUGGUUCAGGUAACUGUAUAUAUACGAUACCUUUAUGAGUGGCUAAUACUCCUCUUUAUGGUGCUUUUUUGAGGAAAAUGUUCGUAUUUUGAACCACAUUCAUCAAAGUUGUUUACCUUGGUCACUGGUUGCUGUUGGUUGUCAAGGACAAGAGAGAUUUGCAUUUGAGGCGAAAGGCGGCUGAAAACAUCGAAUAUGAGGUUCAAGACUCACGUAUUAAAAGAAUCAAAACAUAAGGAUCUUGUAAGUUGUGUCGGUUGGACAUCAGCUGAUGAGCUGUUUUCUAGUGGAGAUGAUCACAGCAUAUUGAAAUGGAAUCUGUUAUCAGAUGAAACCACACAGGUCAUGAAAUUGCCAGCAGAGAUCUUUCCAACUGACAUACACUGGUUUCCACGUGGCGCUGGAGGCAAAAAACAAAGCCAGUCAGAGCUUUUUGUCCUCACUUCAACAGAUGGUAAAUUCCACUUGAUAUCUCGGAAUGGUCGUAUUGAGAAAUCUGUUGAAGCUCACAGGGGCGCUGUACUGUCUGGAAGAUGGAGCCUUGAUGGAUCAGCAAUGGUGACAGUUGGAGAAGAUGGCCAAGUAAAGAUAUGGUCUAGGAGUGGAAUGUUAAGAUCAACAUUGGUUCAAGCAGGGACCCCAGUAUAUUCUGUAUCAUGGAGCCCAGACUCUGACCAGAUUCUUCACACAAGUGGAAAGCAGUUAGUGAUUAAACCUUUACAAGCUGCUGCUAAACCAGUGCAGUGGAAAGCUCAUGAUGGAAUUGUGUUAAAAGUGGACUGGAAUCCUAUCAAUAACCUGAUCAUAUCUGGGGGAGAAGACUGCAAAUAUAAGGUCUGGGACAGUUAUGGCAGAGUGUUGUAUUCCAGCAUGUUGCAUGAAUAUCCUAUUACCAGUAUUUCAUGGGCUCCAGAUGGUGAACUCUUUGCUGUUGGGUCUUUUAAUACUCUGAGACUCUGUGACAAAACUGGGUGGUCAUACACUCUGGAGAAACCCAAUACUGGCUCAAUCUUUAACAUUUCUUGGUCAAGUGAUGGAACACAGCUUGCUGGUGCUUGUGGGAAUGGACAAGUUAUCUUUGCUCAUGUCAUUGAAAGACGUCUUGAGUGGAAAAACUUUGAAGUAACAGUAACAGACCGCAAGAGCAUUCUUGUCAGAGAUGUAAUGAACGAUGUGAAGGAAUCAUUAGACUUCCGAGAUCGUAUUAUCAAGACUUCAUUGGCUUUCAACCACCUUGUUGUAGCAACAACAUCUCAGUGCUACAUAUACAGUGUCAGAAACUGGAACACACCAAUGAUAUUUGACCUCAAGAAUGGAAACAUCACCCUCAUUGUCCAGACUGAAAAACACUUUCUUCUAGUUGAUGACUCAGGACUUCAAGUUUACUCAUAUGAGGGUCGUUUGACCUGUGUUCCAAAAUUUCAAGGGCUAAGGACUGACACCUUGAAUGAACAAACUUGUACAUUAAGCAAUGAUACACUUGCAGUCAAAGAUCGCAAAGAUGAGAAAGUUAUCCAUUUAUUUGAAACUCAGACAGGAAAGCCGGUUGGAAGUGGCCAGCCAAUCCAACACUCUCUGGAAGUAAUGGAGAUUUCUCUGAGCCAGUGUGGUCAGACUAGUGACAGGCAACUGGCCAUUAUUGAUAAAAACAGAGAUCUUUAUCUUACACCUGUCAAACACAUUGGUCCAGCUGAAAGAUUGGUUAAACUUGGAACAAUGAUAACAACCAUGGCAUGGAAUGACAACACAAACAUGUUAUCAGCAUUCCAGGAUGGUAGAUUUAUCGUUUGGUACUAUCCAAGUGCUGUGUACGUUGAUCAGGAUAUCCUGCACAAAACACUUCUUGAGAAAGAUUCCAGUGAUUUUGGAAAGAACCCCCAGAUUGUCAGCUUCCUGGAAAAUCACUGCACAAUGAGAAGAGCUGAUGGCUCCCUGUGCAGUACAAUAAUUUCACCAUAUCCUUCAAUGCUACACAAGUAUGCCAGUGAGUCAAAGUGGCAAGAUGGUAUUCGACUGUGCAGAUUUGUAAAGGACACUGUUUUAUGGGCGUGUUUAGCGACAAUGGCUGCUUAUGCAAAGGAUCUCAACACGGCAGAGACAGCAUAUGCUGCUAUAGAUGAGGCUGACAAAGUCCAAUACAUCAAUCACAUCAAGGAAAUUCCUACUAAAGAGGGAAGGAAUGCUGCCAUGGCAUUGUUCUGCAGACAGACUCAAGAAGCGGAGACAAUCCUCCUACAAGCUGGACUUAUUUACAGGGCAAUACAGAUGAACAUAGAUCUCUUUAACUGGGACAGGGCCCUUGAACUUGCUGUUAAGCACAAGACUCAUGUGGACACAGUUCUAGCACACAGACAGAAAUAUCUGGAGAACUUUGACAGGAAGGAAACAAGCAAACGUUUUCUUCAGUAUGCACAAGGGGUGGAAGUUGACUGGGACAAAAUAAAAGCCAAGGUUGACAUGGAGCUACAGAAAGAGGCAGCAAGGCCAGGAGCCAAGCCUUACAAUGUUCUCCACGAGUACAAGAUGGCGGCCAACAUGGCUAUUCUUUUAGAAAGAAAAUUGUUUUUCCGAUUUCUCGGCGCCAAAAGUAGGAAGCAAUUAGUUUGGAAUUUUGGUUCCAACUAUACUACUGGCCCGAGAGCAAUUAAGAAGGUUGUCAUUGCCAACAGAGGUGAGAUUGCCUGUCGUGUCAUGAAAACAGCCAAGAAAAUGGGGAUAAGAACAGUUGCUGUGUACAGUGAUGCAGAUGAAAAUUCCAUGCAUGUAGACACAGCUGAUGAGGCCUUUCACAUUGGGGCAGCUGCAUCUCGAGAAAGUUAUUUGAAAAUGGAGAAGAUCAUUGAAGUUGCCAUCAAAAGUGGAGCACAGGCUAUUCAUCCAGGCUAUGGCUUUUUAUCAGAGAAACCAGAAUUUGCUGAGCUUUGUGAGAAAGAAGGGGUAAUAUUUAUUGGACCACCAGCUUCAGCGAUCAGAGAUAUGGGUAUAAAGAGUACAUCAAAGGCCAUCAUGGGUAAUGCUGGAGUGCCAAUCAUCGAAGGUUACCAUGGUGAUGACCAAUCAGAUGAGAGAUUGAGACAGGAGGCAGAGAAAAUAGGAUAUCCUGUCAUGCUAAAGGCUGUCAGAGGUGGAGGAGGAAAGGGGAUGAGAAUUGUAAUGAAGCCUGAAGAUUUUGAUGAUGCCCUUGAGUCAGCUAGAAGGGAAUCUUUAAAGUCCUUCAAUGACGACAACAUGUUGGUGGAGAAGUUUGUAGACACUCCCAGACAUGUAGAGGUUCAAGUAUUUGCCGACACCUUUGGCAACACAGUGUACUUGUUUGAGAGGGACUGCAGUGUUCAAAGAAGACAUCAGAAAAUCAUUGAAGAGGCUCCUGCCCCAGGUGUAUCCUCUGAGGUGCGGCAGAAAAUUGGAGAGGCAGCUGUGAGGGCAGCGGAAGCAGUUGGUUAUGUUGGAGCAGGUAUUGAUGUUUACCAUGCAUGUGAUUUUCUCCCUGGUGCAGGCCCUCUAUUGCACCUUUCAACACCACAACCAUCUGACACAAUCAGAGUCGAAACAGGAGUACGACAAGGUGAUGAAGUAUCAGUGCAUUAUGAUCCAAUGAUCGCAAAACUUGUAGUCUGGUCAGAAAGCAGGGACCAGGCUCUGAGUUUGUUGAAAGAGUCUCUGCAGCAGUAUCAUAUCGUGGGACUGAACACAAAUAUCGGCUUCUUGUCAAAUCUGUGUGAACACAGCCAUUUCAAGGAGGGUGACGUUCACACUGAUUUUAUUAAGCAACAUUAUCAAGACCUAUUCCCAGUAAAAACACCGCUGAGCCACGAAAUACUGGCGCAAGCAAGCUUGGGACUCUUAUUACUCGAGAGACAGGAGCAGGAAAAACGAGCUGCGCUCUCUUCUGAUCCGUUUUCAGUGUGGAAUUCUAAUGUGAGCUUCAGACUCAAUAAUGUUGCGAAGAGAAAAAUACGACUUGACGAUGGUGAUAGAAAGGUUUACAUCAUUGUUUCCUACAACAAGGAUGGAACUUAUAAUUUAGAG